GAUUGAUAGAAGGCGAGGGAAAAAAAGCCCGCCCAAAGUAUUUGGAGGCUUCCUCAACAAUUUUCAUUUCCAACAUUUUUCCAGAGAGAGGAGAGAAAGGUGUAAGCAGAGUCUCAGAUUUCAUUCAUCAUCACGAACAACGGAUCGUCAUGUCGAAGAAAAGGGGGCUUUCGUUGGAGGAGAAGCGCGAGAAGAUGCUUCAGAUCUUCUACGACUCUCAAGACUUCUUCCUUCUAAAGGAGCUUGAGAAGAUGGGGCCUAAGAAGGGUGUGAUUAGCCAGUCGGUGAAAGAUGUUAUCCAGAGCUUAGUCGAUGAUGAUCUUGUUGCCAAGGACAAGAUUGGCAUCUCUGUCUACUUUUGGAGCCUUCCCAGCUGUGCCGGCAAUCAGCUUAGGAGUGUUCGCCAGAAACUUGAAUCUGAUCUUCAGGGUAGUAAUAAAAAGCUUGCGGAACUUGUUGAUCAGUGUGAUGCUUUAAAGAAGGGAAGGGAGGAAUCAGAGGAACGAACAGAGGCUUUGGCGCAACUUCAAGAUAUUGAGAAGAAACACAAAGAGCUCAAGAACGAGAUGGUGCAGUUUGCUGAUAACGAUCCAGCUACCUUAGAGGCAAUGAGGGCUGCAAUUGAAGUUGCUCACCAAUCGGCUAACAGAUGGACAGAUAACAUCUUCACAUUGCGACAAUGGUGUUCAAACAACUUCCCCCAAGCCAAGGAACAACUGGAACAUCUAUACACGGAGGCGGGAAUCACCGAGGACUUUGACUACCUAGAGCUAUCUUCAUUCCCUUUGAGCUCAUCCUCCCAUGAUCCCGAAACUCCAAAGCAGCUGCUAGUAGAAGAUCAAGCUUAGUUCUA